AUGACACUGUGUUUUACCUAUGCCCCGGUGCCCUCCUACCUAACUUCUAUUGCACUUGAAGGGUCAGAUGUGGAUGUGUUGAUUUUUUCAACCACCACAGGGCGUGUAUUUGCAGCCAUCUGUUUUUUUCUCGGUAUCACCGAUGGCGCCUUUAUGACUUUGUUGGGACCGAUGCUGGAGUAUUACUUGGAUGAAAUUCACUUUCCCGCCGGUCUGGGAAUUAGUCUCUGUAUCAUCGGCGCUUUCAAUCUUGUUGGCACACUCAUUGGUGGCCACUUACUAGACGCAUCGGAAACCUACCAUAGUGCAAAUCUACUAGCUGCUUGUCUUCCCCUGAAGAAGCAAAUUCGUGGACUUCGACGAAAGCUUGCCAUAGAGAGUCCGGUGAUGCCAAACAUGUUAGCAUACACUCAACUUUAUCAUCAGUUACAUCAGGGAUACACGUUUUGA